AUGCCAUUAUAUAGAGAAGAUAACUACUUGGUGGUGCAUCCAGGGUCGCAAAACACGUUGUUUUCCUUCGGGUUGCAGGAUUCAUUGUCACCACCCCAAUACAAAAUCCCCUCGAGAGUUUUCCAGGAUCCAGUAACGAAAGCAUUCAGGUCAACCAAGGAGGAACCAAAGCCAAAAGCUGAGCCAGCCAAGGUGGAAGAGCCCAAAAUUGAAGAGGGCCAAGCAAAAAUCGAAAUUCAAAAUGGCCAGACCACUGCUGCCCAAAAUGGAGGAAGUGUAGAAGCACAAGCACCUUUAACAGGUUCUGAAAAACCUUGGACAGAAAUUUACCCUAUUCAAAAGGGUAAAAUAGUCGACUUGGAUGCAUUCAAUUACCUCCUUAAGGUAAUCCUUCAGAGUGUAAUCACCAAAAACCCCAUCAUUACCAUCAACCAGAUCCCACUUCUUAUCAUAUCGUCCAACUUGACUUGGCUGAGAAACACUACCGAAUCUGUAACCAAAUAUGUAUUAGAGUCACUCGAAUUUCCAGCUUUCAACUUGGUUGAUCUUCUGACAGCUGCUACCUUCGGGUUAGGAAUUUCGACGUCGUCUUGUGUUGUGAACAUAGGCCAUGAAAACACUCAGAUAAUGCCUGUGAUCAACUACCAGUCUAUAAAGUUUGCUGGUAAGUAUUUGAGCGACGUGGGUGGUAAGCUCAUUGAUGAAGAGAUUUCGAAGAAUUUGCCUAAAUUGCUGGAAUCACAGAUUGAAGCUUUGAAGAAGAGUGGGAUAUAUGAAGUAGUCCUUACAGGUGAUGAGUCGUCGUUUUACUCUAUCUCUGACUUGCAGAAGUCAAAUGUAGAAGAUGGGAUCAACGGGUCUGAAGACGAUGACGACUUUGACGUUGCCAAGUUGGUUGCAGAUCUGGGACCAGGAAACGAAGCCCAGGCUGUGACUGACCAUGAUGACUCCAAACCAAACAAUGAAUUGGAGAAGAAUUUCUUUGUUGAUCCCGAGACCAACGAGAAGGUUUGGGUUGGAAAGGAAAGAUUCCAAGGUGCCGAAAACUUAAUCUCCCUUGUGGCCAAUGCCAUCUAUAAAUCAAUUUCACAGAUCCCCAAUUUGGAGAAGAGACAGGAAUGUUUCGACAAUUUGAUAUUUGUUGGAUCUACGUUCAAAAUCCCUGGUUUCAAGAGAGCGUUGUUGAUUCGUCUCAUUACUGAAUACCUUGUACGUGCACCUACUGACACCAAGAAUGGAGGCUACAACAAGGAUGAGGAGAAUUUAAGCAGAGUCAAUGCCGCCAUCUUAGCCUAUCAACAAACGGGAGACUCCAGCGCCGAUGUAGAAGAGUCCAAUUACAUAUCGCUGCAAGUCCCCACGCUGAUAAAGACCGUCAAGUUACCAGACUACUUCCCAGAAUGGAAGAAACCCAAGGAAAAGGGCGGUUCUUGGGAAGACGUCUAUUUCCUUGGAGGCGAGAUUUAUGCCAAGCAGAUCUUUGGGGGAAAUCUGAACCACAACGGGGAGAUGUUUAUUGAUAACGAUAUAUAUGAAGAAAAGGGGCCGCUGGGAAUAUGGGAUGUGACGGUGUGA